AUGGUUACCAUUUUCAAGUCAUAUGGACUGUGGAAUCUGGUGGAAAAAGGGAUUUCAGUUUCCGAUUCGAAGAAGAAGGAAGCUAAGACUGAUGAAGAUACAGAUGUUGAUGCUGACGAUAAUGAGAAAAUGGCUGCAAUCUUCAUGAAAGAUCCAAAAGCUCUUGGAAUCAUUCAAAACGCAGUCUCUGAUCAGAUUUUCCCUCGAAUCGCAAACGCAGACUCGGCAAAAAUGGCAUGGGAUCUGUUGUAUGGCGAAUAUCACGGUGGGGAUCAGGUAAGAUCUGUGAAACUCCAGAAUCUUAGACGAGAGUUUGAAUACACUAGAAUGUGUGAUGAUGAAUCCUUGACUGGGUAUCUUACUCGUUUAAAUGAUUUGAUUAAUCAAAUGAAGACAUUUGGUGAAACUCUGUCAAAUGAGAGAUUAGUUCAGAAGGUGUUAAUCAGUCUCACUAAGAUAUAUGAUCCUAUAUGCUUAGUGAUAGAAAACACCAAAUGUUUAGAAUCUGUUGAACUGCAAGAGGUACUAGCUAUAUUGAAGAGUCAAGAGCAGAGGUUUGAUUUGCAUUCCUCAGAUGUAACUGAGAGAGCAUUUUCUUCUCUUACUGUUAGUUCAAAAGGGCAGAAUCGAAGUUAUCCUCAGUCUAAUAUAAGGGGAAAUCCAAGUGCCAUAACUGUGAUAGAUUUGGUCAUUGGGCUAGAGAGUGUACUGUUUGGAAAGUCUGUUCAAAAGGCAAACUGUGCAAGUCAAAUGGAAGUGACAGGAAACUUAUUUUAUGCAAAUUGUGCAGUUGCUGAGACUAAGGUUAAUGGAGAUUGGUACAUAGAUAGUGGCUGCAGUAAUCAUAUGACAGGAAAUGUUGAUCUUCUUGUUGAUAUGAAUACAAAUGUUGCAAGGAAAGUUCAAAUGCCAACAGGAGUGUUAGUUAAUGUGGCAGGAAUGGGAUCACUGGAAAUUGAGACUAACAGAGGAAGAAAAUACAUUCGAGAAGUCAUGUACCUACCUGGUUUGAAAGAGAAUCUAUUAAGUAUAGGACAAAUGGAUGAGCACGGAUAUUAUCUUAUGUUUGGUGGACAUAUGUGCUGUCAAUAUGGUAAGCAACACAGAGAAAGGUUUCCUAGUGGUCAAGCACAAAGAGCUGGUGCUCCACUUGAAUUGGUUCAUGUUGAUCUGUGUGGACCGAUGAGAAUCGAGUCUACUGGAGGAAACAAGUACUUCAUGUUGCUUGUGGAUGAUGCAACCAGGAUGAUAUGGGUGUAUUUUCUUAGAUUCAAAUCUGAAGCUCUUACUUGUUUUCAGAAAUUCAAGGCCAUGACUGAGUUGCAAAGUGGAAUGAAGGUAAAAUGUGUAAGGAGUGAUAGAGGAGGGGAGUUCUUAUCAAAUGAAUUCAAGCAAUACUGUGACACAGAGGGAAUCCAAAGGCAACUGUCUAUCUCUUACACUCCACAACAAAAUGGAGUGGUUGAAAGAAAAAACAGAACUGUGAUUGAAAUGGCCAAGUCUAUGCUUCAUGACAAAGGAAUGCCUUACUAUAUGUGGGCAGAAGCUGUGCAUACUGCUGUCUAUCUGUUAAACAGAUGUCCUACCAAAUCACUGGAUAGUAUAAUACCUUUUGACGCUUACAGCAAAAGGAAACCUGGUAUUGCUCAUUUGAAAGUUUUUGGCUCGGUUUGUUAUGUUCAUACUCCAUCCGAGCUAAGACACAGGCUAGAACCCAAGAGUAUAAAAGGAGUCUUUGUUGGAUAUGCAAAAUGUGAGAAAGGUUAUAGAGUAUUUGAUCCAAUCUCUACGAGACUGAUUCUAUCAAGAGAUGUUGUGUUCGAUGAAAACUCAUCUUGGGAUUGGGAAAGAAGCACAGAAAGAUAUAUGUCACUGCCUACUUAUGAGUUUGACACUGUGGAUACACCAAGAAGUGAGAAUACAGAACAUGACACUCAAGGUUCAAGUGGUUUAUCACCUGGCAUAUUGGAAGAAGCUGCAUGA